AUGCCCAGCAUUGAAGAGCUUGUCGGUGCAGGCCUUGAGGGUGGGGAGCCAACACAUUUCCUGGACGAGACAGAAGAAUUCGGUCGGGUAACGGUCAUUUUUGAGGCUGGAAUGAAAUGCGAACCAAAGCGACUAUAUUCAAGAUACGACAGCUCUCGAUAUAUAAUCGAAUGGAUUGAUGAGAUUCCAGACAAGGUCACGGAUCAGGCAUACGGUUACGGCGAUGCCUGGAAAGAAUACGCACUUCUCCUUCGCACCAAUCUUGAGCAGGGAGAACACCGGCUCUAUUCAAUUAUUAUUCAGAGCCCUCUGUUAAAGUCGAAGCUGAAUUUAAUCUUUGACGAUUACCCAGGCUUUUUCAUCGGCGAGAACAAAUCGUCCAUCAUCGAGGCACCAUUCACACCAUUCGUACAUUGCUGGGAUGCUUUCACCAAAUCUUGUGAUGAAAAAUCCGAAACUGGUAUACACAUGCAACUUCUGAGAUCUGCAUUGGAGCCUGAGCUGCAAGGAUCUUUUUCAACGAUCAAGGAAUUUCAGUCUCACGGCAUGAUUCGAUUCGACCAACUUUGGAUGAUCUUCAAACCAGGCUCCUUUGUAUUUUCAGAACACAGCGGCAUCGAACGAAUAUACAAACUCGCAGGACUGAGCUUCGCAAUGGCACAGACUAUACCAGCAAGUUUCUGGACGAGUCGUGAUAGACACAGUCAGAACAUUUAUCUCAAUGCUGGCACCUUGACAGAACAAGCUAUCUUCAGCGCCAACAAGAGGAGUGCAGAGAUGGAGCAGACUGAAUUGACCGAAGAUCUAUUGAUGAUUUGCUGUUCCACUGUUAGAGGACUUCGAGUGAAUUUUCAGGUCGACUUACUUCGAGAUAUUGAGUGGAACGCCGAUGCAUUUGAGAGUUUGGCACUGCCUGGAAACCAUAAGGAGCUUUUGCUAGCAUUUGCUCAGACCCAAGGAGAUUCAGCUGUCCAAUUCGACGAUGUUAUUGAAGGCAAGGGAAAAGGAAUGGUGGUAUUGCUAGAGGGACCUCCUGGACUGGGAAAGACCUUGACGGUUGAAUCCUUCUUCCUUCAACACCUUGAAUACUUCGAGGGGACAAUCUUCCUUACCACAAAUCGAGUCGAGUGCAUUGACCCGGCAUUUGAGUCCCGAAUUCAUCUGUCGCUGUCAUACCCCGAACUGACUCGAGAAUUACGGCACAAGAUUUGGAAAAACUUUCAAACAGGAUUCUAA